AGAGUAUUCCUAAGUCAAAAUUAGUGCGUUUCCGUAUUUAUAGGAGAUCAAAAUAAAAAAAAAAUGAAUCUAAAAUAUUUGAUAUUGUUAAUAUGUUUUGUACAAGUGUUACAUUAUUCCAACGCGGCUGAUAAUUCGUCGUUACGAGAAAAUAAUUCGUUACAAUCAAAAAGCUUGGUUUCAUCUUGUAAGUUUAACAUUAACAAGGCUGGAUUUAUCUUAUUCGCAAGGGAACAUUCAAAAGGUCUUUAUAUUUUGGAACGGAAUUUAGCGAGCUACGAACUAUUUAAAAAUGCUCAAAUAUCGCGUCCAAUUAUAUUUCUUGUACAUGGUUUCCGUUCAACUCCAAACGAUACAAUUUUGUAUAACUUGGCCAGUGCUUUAAUUAAACAAGAUGACAGACUUGUAAUCUCGAUCGAUUGGAAGAAUGGUGCUUGCACUGGUGGAACUUCGAUUAUCGAGUAUAUUACUUAUCCCAAAGCCGUUGAAAAUACACGUCUCGUUGGCAAAUCUAUUGCUGAAUUUACCAAGAUAUUGGUAAAUAAAUAUAAAGUGCCGAUGUCAAAUAUUCAAGCAAUUGGACACAGUUUGGGCGCACAUGUUGUUGGUUUUGCAGGAAAAAAUGUUCAAAAGUUAAAUUUAGGAAAGUACAGUGAAAUUAUCGGGCUUGACCCAGCUGGACCUCUAUUUAGAUGGAAUGAAUGUCCGAAUAGAAUUUGUAAAACGGACGCAGAAUAUGUUCAAAUUCUACACACAUCGGAAAUAAAAGGAACAACGACACAACUUGGUACCGUUGAUUUUUAUAUAAAUUAUGGAAAAAGUCAGCCUGGAUGCGGUAUUAACGAAUCCUGUUCUCAUGCAAGAGCCGUGGAAUACUUAACUGAGUGCGUAAAACGUGAAUGUUGUUUAAUCGGAACGCCGUGGCCUAAUUAUUGGGAUGUGAGACCUUUUUCGCAGUGCACAAAAGAAACUUGUGUGUGCGUUGGUUUAAAUGCAAAGAAGUAUGCAAAUAGAGGCUCCUUUUAUGUACCAGUUGAAGCCAAUCCUCCCUAUUGCCAUACUGAGGGUUUAAAGCUUGAAUUGUAAAAAGAAAUUAUUAUUUAAUCUAAAUAUAUAUAUGUGUGUGUGCGUUUGAUAACGAAUAAAUAAAUAAAUGAUAUAAAU